AUGAAGAAUAGCAAUUGGAUCAGAAAGAACCGGCUUCUUGUAGCUGGGAUUUCCUUCACAGGCAUCCAUCUCGGAACAUACCUUAUACAGAGAGCUGCAAAACAAUCUGUAAAGUCUCAGUCUGAAGGCAAACAAAAGAGUUUGAAUAAUGAACUAAAAUAAA